UCUGCUACUAUCUUCUUCUUGUUCCCUUAUAACUCUUUCGUCUUUGUUCCGAUGUUAGUUUAUCAUGACGGUAAUAAUUUGCUUCUAAGGUAUUUGUUAAACGUCUUCCCAUUUGUCAAAAUUGUGAGCCUGAUUGUGGAGUUUUGAUAUUUCAUAUUCCAAGAUGAAGCUUAGCUGCUCUACUUUGUGUGUCUCGCAUAUACCAUCUCUCUGUGCCACUAUCUGCCGCAGACCCAUUUGUUUUUCUUCACUGAAAAUCCAAAACCCACUCUUCUUAAGGCCACCCGUGUACUCAACCUCUCUAUCAGAACUUAAUAAAUGGCAGCAGUGGGCCAAGCACCUUGCUUCCUCAGUUGGGUCCUCAUUUGUCAACUUAGACAAUGGCCCGGACUCCACUCUCCUUUGUAGAGAACUCAAGUGGCUCAUAGAAGACUCACUUGAGGACCAUUCACUGAUUCCUCAAUUGUGCAUUCAAAAUAAUUUCAGAAAUGUAAAGCUAAGGGCGUCUUUAGAUGAACUUUAUAGUCUUUGGAGGCAGAGAAUUGAAGAGAGGAAACCUUUUCAGUAUAUUGUUGGAUGUGAGCAUUGGCGGGAUUUCGUGUUGAGCGUUCAAGAAGGAGUUCUGAUUCCAAGGCCUGAAACUGAACUUAUUAUUGAUUUGGUGAAAGGUGCGGUCUUGAAUAAUGAAGAGUUGAGCGAAGGUUUAUGGGCAGAUUUGGGAACUGGUAGCGGUGCUCUUGCCAUUGGCAUUUCCAAGAUUCUGGGGCCUCAGGGACGAGUAAUUGCCACAGAUUUAAGCCCAGUUGCAGCUUCAGUGGCCACUUAUAAUGUCCAGAGAUAUGACUUACAGGUUAUUUUGUCUAAUGGUAUGGUUGAGGUAAGGAAAGGAUCUUGGUUUGAACCAUUAAAUGAUGUUGAAGGAAAACUUGCUGGUGUUGUGAGUAACCCCCCCUACAUACCAAGUGAUGAUAUUUCUGGGCUACAAGCUGAAGUUGGUCGACAUGAGCCAAGGAUUGCAUUAGAUGGUGGUAUUAGUGGCAUGGAUGAUCUUCUUCACCUUACCAAUGGAGCUGCUUCCAUUUUGAAACCUGGGGGUUUCUUUGCUUUUGAGACAAAUGGUGAGAAGCAAUGCAAGUUUCUUUUACAUCACAUGGAAAAUGAAUGUUCUGGCUGUUUCUUCAAUGUGAACAUAGUAUCCGACUGUGCUGGUAUCCAACGGUUUCUGACAGGAUUUCGUCAAUGAGAAAUGUCAACAAUAAAUACCCCCUAUAUACACUACUGAAAAUAGGAGAAGAAAAGGAGUUAAGAAAUGUUCAUUGAAGAUGUGUUUGCAUUUGAAUGGCUACAAGGAGGGAGAAAAGAGGCUGUUGAUUUUAUAAGAAGGCUAAGGAGCUUCAACAUCAUUUUGCACAUCCAGCAUUGGUGAAGAAUCAAACUGGAGAAUUUCAAGGUGAAAGGGUAAAGUCUAAAGUGGAGUUGAUUUAGUUAAUGAGGCUGCUUUUUUUUGCUUCAAGCUUGAACUUAAUAUCUUCUCUAUAUGUUUUGGGCACUUAAUGGUGGUUGAUCAUGGCAGAACUGCUGUUUUAACCAUCCACCAACCUGAUUUGAAAUCUUAAGCUGCACUUUUGGCAAUCUACUGAACCUGAUAGAUAAUAAUUCAUUGCAAUCACCUGAAGGAAGGCUCAUGUUUCCUGCUCAUCACAUUCUUCACCAUGUCUUUACACUUGAAUUCACCGUUGAUGUUGCAGACAUGUCGGGCUUAAGGAAUUUCUUUCGUCUUAAUAUUCACUGUUGAGGAAAGUUUUGUUGCAAAGACAGAAAUCUUGCAAUAAAUAAUCAACUAUUUACUACAAGAAACAGUUUCAAAUAUUGGUGGCUGGAUAGGUUCUUGGAACCGAAUUCUUGAAUAUUCAUUACGACAAAAGACAUGCUGCUUCACGAACUUUAUGCUUCCACAGCUGAAUACAUCAAUUCUCAUGUAGGUUAGUGAAUCUGACAUCUUAUUUUUUUAGCAUGAGGACUUAAAAGGGAUAAUUCUUAUUUUCUACCAGGCACUAUUUCUUUGUUUUCUUGUAAGUUGUAACCGUUGGUUAUCUUCUCUCUACCUUAUUUUGUUAACUAGUUUACUAAUCAGUUUUGAUGAAUGCAUUUCUUUCUUAAUGGUGGUUUUUGAUGCCAAAUACUUUGAUAUGAUACAUGAUAAGUGCACUUACUAUUGUGUCUUAUUUUUGCAUUAAUUUACAAUUCCAAUUGAGUUUUAUAUGUUUGUUCAGUACAUCUGUUUAGUUCUUUUAGGCAGUUUAAAGAUAAUUUAUGUCAAGAAGCAAAAAGGAAUCAGAAAGUAUAAGAAACGAGCAAAGAGCACGAGAAAAAGACAAGUUAUAGCGAUCACAUGGGGAGCACACGGGAAGUCAACACUCCCAUGCCAAAAUAAGGAGUUCAAUAUGAAUAAGGCAGAAACUCAACGGACUUACAUGAGGAGUCCAUACCACCGUGUCUUUCCCAUGUGACUCAUAUGCAGAAUAGGCAAAAGAAGGUAUAAACUCAGUAGAUUCACACAAGAACUCUACACCCCCGUUUAGUCUGCCUGUAUGACAGUCAAGAAUGGACGCUUUCAAUUAUUUCACACUACAUCCCCGUGUAGUCUUCUCGUGUGGUCAUCGUAUCACACUGUGUUUGCUCAACCUUUUAAGGAUUUUUAUGUUUUAUUUGGAGAGGUUCGCCUAUUUACAUAAUUUUUAGUGAGAGAAUAGCUUAGAACAUUGUUUUCUGGGAGUUUUAAGGUUUUUGAUCAAGACUUUGAAGGGAGAAACAUCAAAAUCUAUGGAUUAUCUUCAAGAUUUGAAGAAUCAAAGUGGAGGAUUUCCAUAGGCUUUCAACCAUGAAUAGUUUGAGAUUUUCUUUCCUUUUUCCUUCUCUCUAUUUCAAUAUGUAGGAACUAACUCUAUUACUAUUUUGGUGUUGAUGAACCCUAAUCUAUUUUGUAUGGAUUGAGUCAUUUUUUUAUAAAAUUGAAUCAUCUUUUGAGUUUUUA